UGAAGAAUUUAUAUUGCUAAUAUUUAUGAAAUAAAAUAUGCCCGAAUUCGAAAACUUUAAUGUUAAAACAACAAUAGACUGCAAGCAAGGAGCAGUUCGCGCUGUGCGCUAUAAUGUUGAUGGAACCUAUUGCUUGAGCUGUGGAUCUGACAAGAAGAUAAAACUGUGGAAUCCUAAUUCCGGACUGCUCCUCAAGACUUAUGGAGGUCAUGCAGACGAAGUGACGGAUGCGGCUGGAAGCUGUGAAAGCAGCUAUAUUGUCUCCGCCAGCUUGGACAAGAGCAUUAUCUACUGGGAUGUGUCAACUGGAGCUCCUGUGAGACGUCUGCGUGGUCACGCCGGUGGAGUUCGGUGCGUUUGCUUCAACGAGGACUCCUCCGUGGCCAUUUCCGGGGGCCGGGACAAUGCGGUGAUGUGCUGGGACAUUCGAACGCGUCGCCUGGAUCCCGUCCAGGUGAUGAAGGAGGCCCGCGACUGCAUCACCACGGUGGCAACGAACGAGAAUCGGAUCUACGCCUCCUCCCUGGACGGAUGUGUGCGGACCUACGAUAUUCGGGUCGGUGAGCUGACCUGUGAUAAGGUGGGCGAACCCAUCACCUAUCUGGCGCAGACCCGGGAUGAGCAAUGUCUGGUGGCCGGCUGCCAGGAUAGUGUGGUGCGACUCCUGGACUGCGAGACCGGAGGUCUGCUCUCCGAAUACAAAGGACACCGCGGAGAUGACUACCACAUCGAGUGCGGAAUACUGGCGAACGAUGCUCAUAUAGUCACGGGAUCUAGUGAUGGAGAUGCCUUUGUCUACGACCUCCUCGAAACGAAAGUUCUACAGCGCAUUCGCAUAAGUGAUAAUGGCGGAGUAGUCCACUCCCUAGCCACUCAUCCCAAGCGACAUGAAAUGCUUUUCGCCAGACGCCGGGAUAUGUACGUUUUCUCCACGGAUUUGCAAAUCGAGGAAGAGCAAUUAUAGU